AGCUACCUCACCAGCUGCUUCCAGGCUCCCUCCCCCAGCCAUUUAUAACAUGAGGCUAGCUCCUCGUGCCCAGAUGACAGGCUCCUUCCCAACAAACAAGAGGUGUGAGGUUGACUCCCAACACACAGGCUUCCUCCCAGCCAGACUCAGAGUGUGAGCCUGACUCACAGCAUACAGGCUGCAGGCUCCCUCCUUCGCACAGCUUGGAACCAGAAGCUGUUACAUCCUCCGGAAAAAAUGGCAAUGGUGUCCAAUAACACAGAUCUAAGCAUAAUCCUUUCCAAACUGGUAAAAGAGUACAUAGACCAAACAAGCAGUUCUAGGCCACCACCUAUGGCACCAAGUCACCAUCAGGAAGUGGUGUAUAUUCUGUUAUUGCUUGGAAUCUUUGGCUUCUUCACCUUAGGAGUAAUGCUUAGCUACAUCCGUUCUAAAAAGCUUGAACAUUCAAAUGACCCCUACAAUGUGUACAUUGCCACCGACAUUUGGCGUAAGAAGGACAAGGCUGACCUGCACGCCAGGGUGGCGGAAAACUACAGAUUGUGCUGUGUGUUUGAAAACCCUCUUGCUGUAGAGCAACCUACCAGUCAUAUUCCUGAAGUGAAGCCUUCAUAACUAAUGGCCAGUUAAUGGGACUAGUGUUGUGCUGGAUCUUCCAUGAGUGUGAAGGAAAGCUCUUAGAUUGCAUUCAUGAAUAGCAAAAUGACAGAAAAACACCAGUCUUUCAGAAGAGCAGCCAA